ACUCUUGAGGACUAGAGUUGAGCGUCAUGCGAAAGCCGAAGAGGGGCACGCGUCGUGGAUACGGUGCAAUCAGUCCUCAUCGUCCAAGAAGAAUAUCAGUCUCGCUCAACACCACGGAAGAGAUUGUUUCUUGGAUUGUAUUUGCGCCCGAGUAGUGUGGUCGUUUCGUUCCUCAAAGCUUACGGCGACGUUAGAUCCCACCGCAUGGAGGAGCAAAUUAGAAGUGACUCGAUUGGAACCUGUUCUUGAUAAAAAUUGAAUAAAUUAACGAGGGAGCUCUGCAGUGACCUGCGAUGGAUCUCACCGAUGUCGGAAGAUUAUUCUACGACACUCUAGUUUUCGUAGGAAUGUCAAUCGCUUACAUAGCAGAAGCCGUGAUUCUCAGUAUAAUUCCAAGACGCUUUCGAGGGAAAAGCAUAGCCGGCGAAGUCGCUUUGGUUACCGGUGGGGGUGGCGGAAUCGGAAGACUCGUCGCUAAAAAAUUGGCACUGCUAGGGGCUCACGUCGUCGUUUGGGACAUCAACGAGCCUGGUAUCGCGGAAACUGUGAGGCAGAUAAAAGAAGCCGGAGGUAAGGGUUGGGGCUAUCGUUGCGACCUGACCAACAGAGAAGACAUUUACAGGACAGCAAAAGCGGUUAAAAUAGAAGUCGGAGCUGUAACUCUGUUGAUCAAUAAUGCCGGCUACGUCUGCGGAAAAACUCUUCUGGAUCUUCCGGAUUAUGAAAUCGACAGGACAUAUCAAGUCAAUAUUCUAUCCCAUUACGCGACUACCAAAGCCUUCCUCAAGGAUAUGAUGAAGGAAAAUCAUGGGCACAUCGUAACCGUAGCCAGUGUAGCUGGUCUUUUGGGAACUUAUCGCUGCACCGAUUAUUCGGCGACAAAAUUUGCGGCCAUUGGAUACCACGAGAGUCUCUUUACGGAACUUAGGGCACAUGGCUAUGAUGGUAUACACGCAACAUUGGUAUGCCCGUAUUUUAUUAAUACGGGUAUGUUCGACGGUGUCAAACCUAGAUUAUUACCCAUGCUAGAGCCUGACUUUGUCGCCGAGGAAAUUGUUGCCGGAAUCUUGACAAAUCAGGUGAACGUUGUGCUUCCGGGAAGCGUCAGAUACCUGAUUCCUUUAAAAUGCUUCUUGCCAGCAAAAAUGUGUUGGGCUCUGAUGUACCAAAUUAUGCAAGGUCCACAGUCUAUGAUGAUGUUCCGAGGACGAGAUAAUCAGAUUUUACAAGAUCAAAAUGCAAAUAUCACCAAUUUAAAGGUGCAUUAAUAUAAGGCGAAAAUUGUACCUAAAUAUAUUAGCGUUUUUACCUUCUUAAAAUUACGCGAUGAAAUAGAAGAAUCAAAUAGUGUGAAAUAAUAAGUCCUGCAGUGGGAAGGAGCAUAGUUGUUGGUAAUUUGCAUGGGUGUGCCUGGUUGAAACAAAGCAAUACUGAAUUUUAUGUCAAUGGAUCAGAAUUGCUCAUUUUUUUUAUAAGUUAGAUGUUAGUAAAAAUUAGGUAGGGAUGAUCGAUAGGAAUGACUAUCCGUCAAAUCACUCUCAAGUCGCAUAUGUAAUUAGCUCGAAUAAAUGACAUUUUCACUUUU